AUGAUGCGUUCCAUCGGUCCUUCGUCGUGCCUUGCGGCUGCGGGCAUAGAAAAGGCAGCGGGACGCGCAGCAACGUCUGCUGUCUGUUCCCAUCCUGCUCGAUUUAUACAGAUGCCUGUACGCGUAAUAUCCAGAGAUGAGUACUUGCUACUCGCCAAGGUCGCAGAGGAGGCGGAGCGUUAUGAAGAUCUCGUGGCGCAGAUCAAAGGCUUGACGCAGACGUACGGAGCAUUGACCAUCGAGGAGAGGAACCUCCUCUCCGUUGCCUACAAAAACAUCACAAACUCACUUCGUAGUAGUUGGAGAGUGGUCGAUUCUUUGGAGAAGCUUGAGUCUGCUAGACCCUCUACACAGUCAAAGCAUCAGGUUGCCUUGAUCCGUCGUCAGCGGGUUCGCAUUGAGAAGGAACUUACAGAUGCCUGCAAAGACAUCGUGAAACUGCUGAACGAUAGCCUUUUGGCUACAGCCAAAGCUGGGGAAGAGACCGUAUUCUAUUAUAAGCUGAAGGGCGAUUACUAUCGAUACCUCGCUGAAUUCGCGCAGCAACAAGAACGCAGUCGGUAUUCGGAUUUGUCACUUGCCGCAUACAAAUUCGCGUACAAGCAUGCACUUGCCAUGCUGGAGCCUACGCAUCCAACAAGAUUGGGUCUGGCUCUGAAUUUUGCCGUCUAUUACCACGACGUCCGUAAGAGUCCAGAGAGAGCAUGUCACCUGGGCAAACAUGCAUUCGACGAAGCGGUCGCAUGCCUAGACGAUUCAUCAUCGAUGCAAGUCAUGCGUGAUUCGAUGAUGAUCCUUCAGCUUCUGAGAGACGAUCUUGUAAUAUGGUCCAGUGAGAUGCAAAGAGAUGCUGUCAGCAAGUGACCCUAAGCUGGGACUACAUGCAGCUUGUCUUUUCUUUUUUCACGAUGUCUAGUCUAGUCUCCCGUCAUGAACCCUAUUUAUGCCACAUCAUUUGUCUCGC